AUGCCCGAAUACACCAUUCGCACCCACCGCCCCGGCGACCUAGGCUGGCUCAUCUCCCAACACGGCACCCUCUACACCACCGAAUACAAGUGGAACGAACGCGUCGAGUCACUCGUCGCCCGGUCCUGUGCAGACUUUAUCGACAGUUACAAUCCCGCCGUCGAACGAUGCUGGAUCGCUGAACACAAUAACUCCCGUAUUGGGUGUAUCAUGCUUGCAAAAGACCACGGCGCAGAAGAUGCAGGCAAGCUCCGCUUUCUUCUUGUUGACUCGUCGGCGCGAGGAUUAGGAGUCGCGAGUGCCUUGAUCCGGACGUGCGUUGAUUUUGCAAGAGAGGUCGGGUAUAAACGUGUCGUGCUGUGGACGCAUAGUGUGCUUGUUCCUGCGAGGAGGCUUUAUGAGGCGAAUGGGUUCAAAUUGGUCAAGGAGGAGGAGCAUGAUACGUUUGGGGUGAGAUUGGUUGGGGAGUUUUGGGAGUUGGCUUUUGAUCAUUAG